CUGCGCUCUGGAGCGCUCAGCUCAGCCGCUUACAGGAAGAACGUUUAAAAACGCAGUUUUAGUGAUUUUUCUCGGGAAAACGAAGUUUUGGAUUUGGUGAUUUUUACCUGCGACAGAACUUCACCUCCUUUGUGCUUGCGCGCGCGUACGUGUGUGAGGUUCGCGAGGGAGUGAGUGAGUGAGUGAGUGCGCGUGCUCGAGCAGCGCGUGAACGCGAGGAGCUCCAGUGAAAGUGUGUGGCUCUGAGAGUCAAAACGCAGUGAAAGUCCAGCCAAGCGUUCAUACAGACCAGAGGGAGGCUACCCUGCUGACCAGAUGAGCUGAACGGGAGCGCUGCUGGACCCAGACUGACCCCUCACACCUCCAUUCACACACACCAGAGAAGAAAAAACAAGGGUGAGCUGUUCACUUUCCGCUGUCCAAGUUGCAGAUACACUGAACUCCACAGUCAUGCCAGGAUGUGAAAGUCUGCUGUAUUUCCGCUUUUCUUACAUCAGAACAGUUGGAGUAGAAUGUGAAGCAGUCAAUCACUUUGCACAUGGCCAACUCCUCUUCUGCCGCUCUCCCCUCUUGCACCUACAAUGAGGACUUCAAGCGCUUUCUCCUGCCCAUCGUCUAUAGCGUCGUCUUCAUCAUAGGCCUUCCGCUCAACAUCGCGGUCAUCCUGCGGAUAUGGGGCACUCGCCGGGCACUGAGCCGCAACAACAUCUACAUGCUUAACCUGGCGGUGGCUGACUUUCUCUACGUCUGCUCACUGCCUUUGUUAAUCUACAACUAUGCCAGAAGGGACUACUGGCCUUUCGGGGACUUCACCUGCCGGCUAGUUCGCUUUCAGUUCUACAGCAACCUUCAUGGUAGCAUUUUCUUCCUCACCUGCAUUAGCUUCCAGCGCUACCUGGGCAUUUGCCAUCCGUUGGCCCAGUGGCCUAAAAGGGGAGGCCGUAGACUAGCCUGGGUGGUUUGUGCUUGUGUCUGGGUGACCGUGGCUGUGCUAGUCGCUCCGACCUUUGAGUUUGCGGCCACAGGAAUCCAGAGAAACCGCACGGUUUGCUAUGACCUUAGCGUACCUGAACGUUCUGCCCAGUAUGUUCCAUAUGGACUGGCCCUGACCUGCUUGGGCUUUUUGGUGCCCUUCCUGAUCAUAGUGAGGCUUUACUGCAGUAUGGCAAGGGUGCUGUGCCGCCCUGCGGAAGCUAGGGGUGAAGCAGCGGAAGUAAAGAAGAGCAAAGCGGUCAAAAUGAUCGUAAUCGUGGUGAUAGUUUUCGCCAUCAGCUUCCUGCCAUUUCACGUGACCAAAACGCUAUACCUGUUGGUUCGGACCAUGCCUACAGCACCCUGUGAGCUGCGGAACCUCUUGGCCGUCAUCUACAAGAGCACCAGGCCCUUCGCCAGCGUGAACAGCGUGCUGGACCCCAUCCUCUUCUACUUCACACAGUCCAAGUUCAGACAAGGCACACGUAGAGUGCUGCUCAAGAUCACCACACUCAGAGAGAAGAUCGGCUGAUGCGAUAGGCCAAGAAAUCUAAUUUAGACAGUUUUCCCAUAAUGUAGGUAAUCAGCUAAGACAUGUUUGGUGUCUGAAGUUUGCUUCCUGAGUUUUGCACUGGAGCUACAAGGCAUAUAGCCACCAAACAACAAUCAUGUAGUUUUGUCCUUUUUAAGUGACCCUUAUUAGUCCCACAACGGGGAAUUUUCACCUCCGCAUUUAACCCAUCUGUGAAGUGAAACACCACAUACACACUAGUGAAUGCACACACACUAGGGGGCAGUGAGCACACUUGCCCGGAGUGGUGGGCAGCCCUAGCCACGGCGCCCUGGGAGCAGUCGGGGGUGAGGUGUCUUGCUCAAGGACACCUCAAUCUUGGACUGUUGGCACUGGGGACUGUUGGUACUAAUACAACUAUGAUUAUAUAUAAAUAUAAACCUAUACAUUAUAAUACACUGAUCAGGCAUAACAUUAUGACCACCUCCU